AUGGCGACUACGAGUGCCACUCCAGGAGCUCCAAGGUCGAUUGAUGACCUGAAGCAACUACUUUGCGAUGAUGUCAAGGUUAAAGUUGCAGUGGAUGGCGUUCUCAGAGGAAAGUUUAUGUCCAAAGAUAAGUUUCUAGGCGCCGCUACCUCGAAAGGGUUUGGAUUUUGUAGCGUGAUUUUUGGCUGGGACAUGCACGAUUCAGUCUACACUCGGGAACUGGCCAUAUCAAAUAAAGAGAACGGUUACCGAGACCUAAUGGCUUCGAUAGACUUAUCGACAUUUCGUCGCAUACCUUGGGAAAACAACGUACCUUUUUUCCUUGUCUCAUUCUUUGAUCCGAAGACUUCAGCGCCCAUUUGUGCGGAUCCUAGAGGCGUUCUGCGCAAAGCUGUCGACAAUGCGGCUGCUCAUGGUAUAGAAUGCAUUUCUGGUGUGGAGUUUGAGUACUUUAAUUUCAAAGAAACCCCUGAGUCUGCGGCUCAAAAGCGCUUCACCCAGCUGCAGCCAUUAACCCCAGGAAUGCAUGGAUAUAGCUUACUGCGCACUCAACUGAAUCAAGAAUAUUUUCAUGCGCUGUUCGAUGAGAGUCUGAAGUUUGGCAUAGAUAUCGAAGGACAUCAUACCGAAACGGGUCCAGGUGUCCUCGAGACUGCGCUCGCUUAUACAUCAGCUAUGAGAAUGGCGGACAAUGCUAUCCUGUACAAGUUCUUGGCGAAGAGUGUAGGGCUAAAGCAUGGAGUCCUCCCCAGUUUUAUGGCGAAACCAUGGGGGAACCUACCAGGCUGCAGCGGACAUAUACACGUAUCACUUAAAGACGGAGAAGGCCGCAACGCAUUCUCGCUUUCAGACGUGGACCGUGAUCACGGACGAGCUAAUGCAGCGUUCGAGGACACAAGAUACCUAAGUCAAAUUGGGGAGCACUUUUUGGCCGGUGUAUUAGACGGCCUUCCUGAUGUAAUGCCUAUGCUUGUCCCAACGAUCAAUGGCUACAAACGUCUCGUCGGCGGUGAAGCUUUCUGGGCUCCCAACGCAGUUACAUACGGGUACGAUUCUCGUGCGGCUUCCGUCCGCAUCAUCUCGCCACCGUCUGUUCCGCCAUCCGCAACAAGACUUGAAGUUCGUGUACCUGGUGCCGACAUGAAUCCCUACUUUGCUUUGAGUGCCAUCUUCCAACUGGGCAUGCGGGGCAUUGCCAAACAACUCAAGCUCACGACGCCACCCAUCUCCACUUACCAAAGCUACCCAGCCAGGAAGGAGGUUGUUUUACUUCCUGGUUCGUUGGCGGAUGCGACCAACGCUAUGAUGAGGCCUGACAGCAUUGCGCGUGAAGUGUUUGGAGAUGACUUUGUGGACCACUUCGGAGCAACGAGGGAGCACGAGGUGAGGCUUUGGAAUGCGGCAGUGACGAACUGGGAAGUUGAAAGAUACCUUGAACUUGCAUAA